UAAUUUCAUGGGCGUUUAUAGUAAACUAAUAACGCUUUACUUUUUGGUGAGGACGUGGUUAUUGCUUUAAAAAAUAGAUUAAAGUCAGACACAAAUGUAGACAUUUAUAUGACGCCACCAAUAGUGACGUCAGGGAUGCGGAGUAAAAAGAUGAGCGUCUCCGGGUGGAGAGAGCAAGUGCGCAUUCAGAGACUCACAUCAGCAUCACAAGAUGGGCAACGUUCAACCCACAAUAACUCCUUAUGAGGACUUUGAUGUGAUGGCAGACAUCAAGGCGAUCCGUAAGGCCUGCAAAGGAAUGGGGACGGACGAGGAGAUCAUCAUUUCCAUUCUAGCAAACCGCUCUGCAACCCAACGUGUGGAGAUUAAACAAGCCUACUUUGAAAAAUAUGACGAUUUGGAGGAAGUCUUGAAGAAUGAACUCACAGGAAACUUUGAGAAAGCAAUUAUGGCCAUGCUGGACCCGCCUCACAUUUUCAUGGCUAAAGAGCUGAGGAGAGCCAUGAAAGGUGCUGGGACAGAUGAGGACGUGCUGGUGGAGAUCCUCUGCACAAGCACCAAUCAGGAUAUUUUGAAUUCCAAAGAGGCGUAUAUGCAAGUGCAUGAGCGAGAUCUGGAGGCGGAUAUCGAAGAUGACACUAGUGGAGACGUCAGGAAUCUUCUGGUUUCUCUCCUACAGGCCAACAGGGAUGAGUCUUAUGAAGUGGAUGAAGCACUGGCUGAACAGGAUGCUGCAUCAUUGUUUGAGGCAGGUGAAGGCCGCUUUGGAACAGAUGAGUCCACUUUCACCUACAUCCUCACUCACAGGAACUACCUACAGCUUCAGGCCACCUUCAAGAUAUAUGAAACUCUCUCUGGAACAGAUAUCCUGGAUGCGAUAGACAGUGAAGCUGCAGGAACAUUAAAGGACUGUUACAUCACUCUGGUGCGAUGUGCUAAAAACCCGCAGCUGUAUUUCGCACGCCGUCUGAACGCUGCCAUGAAAGGAGCCGGGACAGACGAGGACACACUCAUACGGAUUAUCGUGGGACGCUCUGAGGUGGAUUUGGAGACCAUCAAAGACAUGUACUUGGAGAAAUAUGACGUGACCCUGAAGGACGCCCUGAGCUCAGAGUGCGGCGGAGACUUCAAGCGCCUCCUAAUAGAAAUACUUCACUGAAUCACCGUCAGAUGGAGCCAAUAACUAACCCUACUGAUGAAAGAAACACUGCCGAAACACAUACGCACUCACUUAGGAUCGCCUUUUCCUGUACACGUUCGCUCAUUUUGUCAUUAGUGCGGAUAGGACAGUACUUAAUCAUGGGUUGAAUCAUCUCACAACAUUCCUAAAACUAGAGAGGUGCUCCAUUUGACAGUUUUUGAGUUUUUAUUGCAGUACAUUUGAAUUCUGCAUUAACUCACUACACACGUGCCUUGAUAAAGUCAUGAGUGACAGCUCAGUACUUCAUCAUCUUUUUUUACAGGACAAAUCGUGGAGCACAAAGGGUGAUCCUUCAUUUACUACUUUGUCUGUUCACACAAGAUCUUUUGACAUCUAUAAACCAAAUAUGUAUAUGUAUGGCCGAUGCUAAAGUUAAAAGUAGCUUGCUUAAGACCUAAGGUGGUUAGUGCUUCAGUCUUUGAUAAUGCUUCGUAACAAUGGGCAUUUAUUUUUUAAACAGCAGUUGUUAUAUGGUGGUGACUGUUAAUAUUGUAGCAGCGCUGUGAACUUAUUGCCAUGCUUCAGAAUAUAUAUAUCUUUUUGAAGAUAAUGUGAAAAGUACUGGGUAGAGGAAACUGAUAUCCCACUAGUGGUCAAAGAAUAUUAAGUGCACAUUAUCAAUAAAGCAUGCUAAAUUAUUAAACACA